AUACACAACCAAUAAUAAAAUGUACUAGUACAAUGUUUACCAGAAUACCCAUGUGCCAUCUCUGUCACUAUAAAUGUAUCUUUAAGCUCAGGGUCCAGCAGCUCCAAACAAGAACUUUCAAGAUUUUUUUUUUAAUUUUGGGAUUUGUAGAUGGAAGGGGAUGAUGAAAUUAAUAGCACUCGAACUGGUCAAGGAAAUGCUGGUCAUAGAGUUGUGUUGAUUUCUGCUGGUGCUAGUCACUCUGUUGCUCUUCUUGCUGGAAAUGUUGUGUGCUCAUGGGGCCGAGGGGAGGAUGGACAACUGGGGCACGGUGAUGCUGAAGAUCGAAUUUCUCCUACUCAAGUGACUGCUUUAGAUGGUCAGGAUAUAGUAUCUGUGAGCUGUGGAGCUGAUCACUCAACUGCUUAUUCUGAGUCGAGUAAGCAAGUGUACAGUUGGGGAUGGGGUGAUUUUGGAAGACUCGGGCAUGGGAACUCUAGUGAUGUAUUUAUUCCUCAGCCGAUAAAAGCAUUACAUGGUAUGCGUAUAAAACAAAUUGCUUGCGGGGACAGCCAUUGUUUGGCAGUGUCCAUGGAAGGCGAGGUGCAAAGUUGGGGACGAAAUCAAAAUGGCCAGCUUGGUCUAGGCACCAUAGAGGACUCUCUUGUGCCCCAAAAAGUUCAAGCUUUCCAGGGAAUAGCUGUCAAAAUGGUUGCUGCUGGUGCUGAACAUACAGUUGCUAUCACAGAAGACGGUGAACUUUAUGGUUGGGGGUGGGGACGAUAUGGGAACUUGGGAUUAGGUGACCGAAAUGAUCGCUUAGUACCUGAGAAAGUGACAACUGUUGAUGGUGAUAAGAUGGUUCUCGUUGCAUGUGGAUGGCGGCAUACAAUAUCUGUGACAUCCUCUGGUGGUUUAUACACCUACGGGUGGAGCAAAUAUGGUCAACUAGGGCACGGGGAUUUCGAAGACCAUCUCAUCCCUCAUAAGCUUCAUGCCUUAAGUGGAGAAGUUAUUUCCCAGAUAUCAGGCGGUUGGAGACACACCAUGGCAAUGUCAUCUACCGGAAAACUUUAUGGCUGGGGAUGGAAUAAGUUCGGACAAGUUGGUAGUGGCGACAAUCUGGAUCAUUGCUCUCCAAUGCCUGUUAAUUUUCCACAUGAGCAGAAAGUAGUCCAGAUAUCCUGUGGGUGGAGGCACACACUUGCUGUCACUGAUAAACAGAAUGUAUACUCGUGGGGAAGAGGUACGAAUGGACAACUGGGACACAGGGAAUCUAUAGACAGAAACACCCCAAAGAUCAUAGAGGCUUUGAGUGUGGACGGGUCGAACGGGCAACUGAUAGAGUCCUCAAACAUUGAUCCGUCAAUAGGGAAAAUUUCAGUCUUGCCAUCCGAUAGAUAUGCUGUUGUUCCAGAUGAGAACAAAGCUCAUGGACAAACGGUUCCCGCAGCAAAGGAUAUUACAACCGAUGCAAGCGUCCCAGAAGGUGAUGUGAAACGGAUUCGUUUAUGAUGUUGCUGGCCUUUUACAUGAAUCAUUUCCGAGCUGAUCACUUGUAUCAAUAAGCCUUAAAUUAAAUUAUGCCCGAUGAUCAUGUAUAUGUAUGGUUAAGUUAUAUAUAGUCGGAUAUUAAUAACUUUGGUAGCGAUUGUGCAUUGCAAAAUAGAUCUCAGACUCCAUGUGCUUCAGAUAUCACCCGAAGAUAUCGUAUUCUUGUUGCUCAUAUUGUGUUCUUGUUCACCAUGAACUGAGAUGAUCGGUAUUUACAUAUAUGCAAUAUAAGGUCUAGCAGUUUCUUUUA